CUUAUAACAUUUCCAAAAUGGCGGACCAUGAACCGAAAGAACGGGAUCCGUCCUGUAAUCCGAUCCAACCUCUACUCCCCGAUUCUGGAUACGAUGUGUUAAAAUUAAAGCCAUAUCCAGUACAAGCGCCUCUUCACCAAAUAACUGAUAGUAACGAAUUAUCAACUGAAAUGACCGUUGCCAGGCCAGAAUUAUCAUUCGAAGACUCAAUGGAUAUAGUGAGAGCCACCCAAUUUGGAGAAUUUUCGAUAGUCAAAUCCAUUAUUGAUAAGGAUCUUUAUGGUGUUAACCAGAUGGACCGAGAAAAUGUUUCACUGCUUCAUUGGGCUGCCAUCAAUAAUCGCCGUGACAUAGUAAAAUAUUUAAUAGGAAAAGGAGCUAUCGUUGACAGAAUAGGAGGAGAUCUAAUGUCUACUCCUAUGCAUUGGGCUACAAGGCAAGGACAUUUACAAAUGGUUGUUCUUCUUAUGCAACACGGAGCUGAUCCAAGUUGUACUGAUGGAGAAGGCUGCACAUGCAUUCAUUUAGCUGCCCAACUUGGUCAUUCCGUAAUUCUCGCGUUUUUCAUCGCCAAAGGCUUGGAUGUAGACUUACCUGAUGCAAAUGGUAAAACUCCUCUUAUGUGGUCAUCCUUUCGUAUCCAUUCUAUGGAUCCAAUCCGUUUAUUGCUGACUUUUAACGCUAACCCUCAUCUUACUGAUCACAAUGGAAAUACAGCCUUACACUAUGCAGCGAUGGGAGGAAAUCAUGUCGUUUGCACAUUACUAAUAAAAGCGGGAAUUGCACCUGAUUGUCUCAACACAGAUAGACAAACUCCCUUGGAUAUAGCAGAAACCAAAAAAAAUUUGGGAAUGAUUAAAAGACUUGAGAUGGAGGCAGCUUACAAGAAAAAAUCGAAAAAUUUAAUUGACUCUUUUAUUGGUGAUGAAGAAACAAAAUUAAAAAUUUCAAUGGUCUUUCCUGGUUUAGUUAUAUUUCUAAUUGGCUUUAUAGCUGAGUUAAAUGUAUAUUUAGUCUUCAAAUUGGGCCUCUUUGUAGCCCUGUUUUAUUUGGUGAAGACGUACUUUAAACAUUCUACUUCACUAGCUAUUAUGAACAAACUUCCCGUUUACGGAUAUAAUUUUUGGAAGGCAUGGAAAACAGAUCCUGGAUUCAUUGAGUUAUCGAUGGCAAAACGACGAAAGACAUUGCUGGCUUUCACCGAAAGAGAAGAAUUUAAAUUAAACCAAUUUUGUACUACAUGCAUAAUUAGAAAACCCCUUCGUAGCAAACAUUGCUCUAUUUGUAACAAAUGUGUGGCGAAGUUCGAUCAUCAUUGUCCUUGGGUUGAUAAUUGUAUCGGAGCCAAUAAUCAUAAAUACUUUCUCGGUUUUCUCUUCUGGUUGACUAUUAUGUUGAUUUGGUGUUUAUACGGAGCUGGCGUGUAUUGGAGAGAAGCGUGUAGUGUGCCAUAUAACAAAGGAUUUUUUGUUAGUUUAUCUCAUGUAAUAUCAUGUUCUCCAUGGCAUAUUUUCUUAGCUGCAACUACAAAUGAAAGACUUAACCAACAGCGCUAUAAACACUUUCAUACCCCUCGAUCAGGAGUCUACAAAUCGCCUUUCAAUAAAGGAUCGCUUCAAAAUUUUGUAGAUCUCUUUGAAUGUACUUGCUUUGGACUUUUUACACCAAAUAAAGUAGACUGGAAGAGUAUCUAUCUGGACAAUAUUCAUAAUGAAGCACCAACUAGAAUCGUCUGA